GGCUUUUCUGUCUUCACAGGACUGUCACUGGGUGCAUGUUCAGCGGGGACAGAUGAGCCGGGCCCCGAGGGCCUCACCUCCACCUCCCUGCUAGACCUCCUGCUGCCCACUGGCCUGGAGCCGCUGGAUGCAGAGGAGCCGAGUGAGGCCAUGGGUCUGGGGGCUGGCCUGGGUGCCCCCGGCUCAGGCUUCCCCAGUGAGGAGAGCGAGGAAUCCCGCAUCCUGCAGCCGCCACAGUACUUCUGGGAGGAGGAGGAGGAGCUGAACGAGUCCAGCUUGGACCUGGGACCCACCGCAGACUACGGCUUCCCGGACCUCACAGAGAAGGCAGGGCCGAUGGACAUGGAUGACGCCGGCCAGACCUCCGAGCUGCCCAGCCUCCCCUCUGCCUUGCCCAAGCUGUACCUGGUGGAGCCACCCUGGCAGGUGCCUCUGGAAGAGGAGGAAGAGGAGGAAGAGAGGGAGAAAGAGGAGGUAGAGCGGGAGGAGGAGGAAGAGGAAGAGGAGGAGGAGGAGGAGGAGGAGGAGGAGGAGCUGCUGCCCGUAAGUGGGUCCCAGGAGGAAACUACCAUGCAGGCCCAAGACUUUGUUCCCAGCAGCAGCAGCAGCAGCAGCCAGGCCCAGGGUGUCCCCGGUCACAGGCAUGAGGAGUCUGGGGACCAGGCUGCAUCGGGCGUGGAGGUGGAGAACAGUGUGGAGCCCAGCUCAUCCCUGUCCUCAGUCACCUCGGGCACGGUGACCCCAGGGUCUCAGGACCUGUCCAGCCAGGAGGCCGAGGCGACCACGCUGCUGCCAGUCGGAUCCCGGGUGGAGUCUGAGGUCCCACAAGAGGCCAGUGAGGAGGCCACUGUGGGAAUCAGCAGGGCGCUGGCUUCGUCCUUGUCCUCGGCCUCGUUCCUGCAGACCGAAGCUCCCCGCAGGGCUCAGGCCCCAGCUGAGGGCCACCUGUACUCCACAACCCCUGCCCCUUCCCCAUCUUCUCCCCGAGACUCUGCACCGACGACGCUGUCCCCUGCCAUCCCCGGGGAGGAAGGUCUCAGCCAGCAGCCCCCAAGACCAGCCAGCGAAGCUCCGUCCAGGACACCCUGGGACUCCACUCAGGUGAUCUGCAAGGACUGGAGCAACCUGGCAGGGAAGAACUACAUCAUUCUGAACAUGACCGAGAACAUAGACUGUGAGGUGUUUCGGCAGCACAGGGGGCUGCGGCUCCUGGCCUUGGUGGAGGAGGUGCUGCCCCGCCACCGCCGUGGCCACCGUGGGGACUGGCACAUAUCCCUGAGCAAGCCCAGCGAGAAGGAACAGCACCUCCUGAUGACACUGGUGGGCGAGCAGGGGGUGGUGCCCACCCAAGAUGUCCUUUCCAUGCUGGGUGACAUCCGAAGGAGUCUGGAGGAGAUUGGCAUCCAGAACUAUUCCACCACCAGCAGUUGUCAGGCGAGGGCCACCCAGGUGCGCAGCGACUACGGGACACUCUUUGUGGUGCUGUUGAUCAUUGGCGUCAUCUGCUUCAUCAUCAUUGUGCUGGGCCUGCUCUACAACUGCUGGCAGCGCCGGUUGCCCAAGCUCAAGCACGUGUCGCACGGUGAGGAGCUGCGCUUUGUGGAGAACGGCUGCCACGACAACCCCACGCUGGACGUGGCCAGCGACAGCCAGUCGGAGAUGCAGGAAAAGCAGUCAAGCCUGAAUGGCGGGGGCGCGCUCAACGGCCCAAGCAGCUGGAGCGCGCUCAUGGGGGGCAAGCGCGACCCAGAGGACUCAGACGUGUUCGAGGAGGACACACACCUGUGACGCUCGGGACACGGGCGCUGCG